GCCGUGUGUGUGUUGCAGCUGCGAGAGAAAACAGCAAACAGUCACAACGACCUGUUCUCUAAUACAAUCAGAUAUAAAAGUAAGAGAUAUUCAAUACUAAUGAAAUAAAAACGAUCGUGUUUUUAUCCACUAUUGGAUACCGAUUGCCAAGAACCGUAACUUGGUUACCAGUAUGGUGAUGAAGAACAGCGGCGAGUUCCAGCGACUACAGAAGAUCAGGUCGAAAUAUAAAAGCGAGUUCAUUAAUUCCGUUGUGGGAAUCAAACACCGUCUGCGUAUAUGCUGGUGUUUUGCAGCCUAAAUUAUGUUUGUAUGUAUGAUCACGUUUAAUCUAAACGCACUGCGAAAUAAUUAAAUCACAAGCUACACUUUUUAAUACAAGUUGCACCACGGCAUAUUUAACAUUAAAACAAACAAUAAAAUACCGGUUCGUAUUUAAAACUAAUAUAGUUUGAUAAAGGUGAUUAACUGGCGUUUGUUUUUUUUUUUAUGAUAAGUUAUUUAAGUUAGCAAUAUAUAGGCCCUAAUGCAAUAGUUAUUUGCUUUAAAUAUUUAAUUCAGUUACAUUCUUUCUUUCAUUCGUUUACGACACACAUAUAAUUGCACAAACCAGGGUCAUUCCAGUAACAGCUGCAUUUCUUAAUAGAAUAGUUUGUAUCUGCUCUGCACAGCAGGCCCUAGUCAGCUGAUGGCAUCGAGCAGAGCGGAGAAAAACUGGUCUGAACUCCAGGAAAGUUUAAAUCGUGUUCGACGGCAGAGGGGGUUGGUGCCCAGGACAGGGUGGGACAGUCUGAUCUCCAGUGGCACCACCCUCCAGCCCCCUGUCUCUGCCAGUCAGCCCGGACAAUGGCAGGUGCACUCCACUCCCUACCUGCCCAGUCUGACUGCUGGAGACGGGUGGGAUCAGACUCGGACAGGCCUCCGCAGAAGCAGGAGAGCGCCGGGACAGCCGCUGUCAGCAGGGACAGCAUCGGAGAGAGGGUUGAGAGCCAUGGAAGACCUCACCGCCAGACCCGGUGUAUUUCCAGGGCAAAGAGGAGUCAUGAAGGGGCAGGAAGCCCUGGGCCCCAGGCAGCCUCUGCAGCAGAUAGUGAACACAAGAGAGUUACAGACAGAAGCAGAGGGACCAGCAACACUUUCAAACAGACGCAGGGACUGUGCUGCUGCCCUCUACUUCAAGGAGAACGAGCGGUUUGCCUGGGACUGUGUGAAUUCCUUUAUAGAGGAUGUCCUGUUUGACGAGCUGAUCCCAGACCUGCUCAUUGAGGUGUUUUCCAGGGACCCUGUGCAGCAGAGCUCUCCAGUGAAGUUCCCGAGCACAGUUUCUGUCAAGGUGCAAAGACAGUCAAAGGCGAGGCAUGUGCAGGAACACGCUACACACCUUCCCAGCAUGCUGUUUGGGGAGCUGCUGCAGGAAUUGAUGCUGGAUGUGUCUGCCGAGGCCCUCAGGAGCGCCAUCAAGGGUUUUGUUGACAGUCACCUGACCAAGGCAGCUAUCUAUGACAACAUGUCUGAGAUUGUGACCGAGACAGUGCAGGACCUGAUCCCAGGACUGGUGCGGGAGGUGCAGACAGGGCUGGCAGUGGACAGCGUGCUGGAAGAGGAGCUGCUGCCGGAGGUAGUCAGUGAGGAGGCCAGGGCUGUCGUUCUCUCUGUGCUGGGGGAGCACGACUCGGAGAUCUCCAGACUGCAGCUCGCUCAGGUGAGCCGCUACACUGGCCAGAGGCUGGUGGACUCGUUCCUGAUGGAUCACCUGGUGGCGCUGAUGGAGAACCACGGCCAGAGCUUCGUGCAAAAGGAACAAUCACGAAAGCUUUUAGACAGCUGGAUUGUGAACACCCUCUCUCACCAGUACCACAGUGUCCGGAGGCAGAGAGACGCCACUCUGGAGAACGUGCCUCUCAGGCACCACCAUCACAAAGUUUUCACUGACGUGGCCCUGGAUGUGAUCCUGGGGGAGCUGGCAGCGUCUGUGGAUGAGGACGUGGAAGAUCUGCUGGAGUACGAGAGGCAGAUGGAAGGAGAGGGAUUCACAGGCUGACCGGUGUUGUGUGAGACUGGGACGGCUGGCUGGGAGGGACUGUGUUGGUUAUGAUCGAGCAAGCUCUAGUACCUGGCACUCUGCACAGCAGAGUUUUAUGCCUCGAAUUUUUAAGCUUACCAGACAGAUUUCAUAACUCAACAGUUUUGCAGUGAUGGCUUGAAUUGUACAUGCAAAAAACCGUGUUCCAGUAUUUCCGUACAGCCUAGCAGGUUGGGGCCCGGGACCAUUGCAGUCAAUAUGCACAAAGGUCUCAAGGAAUAAUGCCAGCAAGCUACUACACUCAGAUACUAGGAGACAAGUGACCAAAUGAAAGCAUCAAAAGGAGCUACACUUACAACAGAAAUUGAUUUUUGUUCCAGAUCAUUGAGACAUUAAAGGCAACCAAAACCACGACAUCCAACCUGCAAAGUCAAAUGGAAUUUUACAAGACUUAAAACAUUUGCCAACCAAAAAUAUCAGUGCCUGUCCAUAGAUCCAGUCACCUGGGGUUACCGCCUGCAAGACAGAGGAACAUGGGUUAGCUAAAACUACAAUACAGGCACCCUCUAGAAAGGAGCAACACAGCACGGGCCAGAGGUGCGUGCCACUACAAGGGCAAGGAUGAAAAUAGGACUGCCACUGCAAAGCUGUUUCAUCCAUUUCUGGUUUUACUUAGGGUUUAAUAAGCAUGAGCUUGUUACAUAUACACUGUGUAUAAUCAAGCUUGUAACUUGAAGUGCUGUGCAAUAGGAGUCUUUAUUGCCAUCAUGAAGUGGAUGGGAGGAGUCUCGGCUACAGAGAGCCAGGGAAUGAAUACAGCUGGAGUUACAGUUCAUAACAAACAUGAAUCUAGAAGACAGUUAACAAUCAGAGAACAAGGUACAUUAGCAAGACAAACAAGUGAAGUCAGUUAGACAGAAACACAUGCAUAAGAAUUGAACCAUUAAGACAGUAAGACUAUUCAGCUGUGCAAAUAAUAAAUACAUUUAACAAAAGACAUAGGAUAGAGGACAGCUGCUCUAAAUAGCAAAACAAAGCACUAUAGUAGUGAUCCAAAACAAGGAAUACAAAGAUACACACCGUGUCUCAACAGCUGUACUCUAUAAUACCAGACCCUGUGUUCUUGUUGCUUCUACCAACUGCUAAACAGACAUUUAUAUUAACAAUCAAAGAAUCAUUUGUUCUAACUAGGAAUCUGUGAAAUAAAAACAGAAACAUUAACUGGGCUUGUAAUUCACAAUUAUCAAGAUAUUACUGGUCCAAACUCCAUCUGAAUGCACCGAUGUUUUUAAAUCUAUAUUUCCUUUAGAAUGCAAGUCAUGAACAACAAUUAUAAUUUAAAAAACAACACACAAUAAUAAUAGAAAUUGAUUGCUACAUUUUGUUGGAUAAUACAUACAUAGCAUAUUUGUAAUGAUGGAAAUGGAUAGACCUUUUUUAAUAAACAAAAGCACCUGCCUCUUAACAAACUAUCAGGGUUGUGAGCGUCUUUGUGCAAUCUCCAAGUUGUCAGAAACUGCAAUACUGCAAAGUAUUGCAGUUCUGGAUGCAAUUGACAGUGACUGCUUGCCCAUUGGUCAGCCAAGGGCUGUUUACAUCGCAGGCUGUUAGGUGCAUUAUAAGCACACUUUGCCCUGUGUCAGCAAACACAGUGCACUACAGCCCUGGCCUGAGCAAACACAGGUCUGUGAUACAUGCAGUGUACGCCCAGCACCCUCCAGGCUCAUUUAUAAUGAGGCAGGAUCUAUUGUGUGAAAGGCUUUCGGAUUUAAAUACCCACCCAUUGAGAGGGCAAAGAAAAGGAAACCAUAGCAACUGACACACACUAAACCCUCAACACAGCUUCCUCCAGUCUGGUUCAUGAGAAAGUAGCUACUCUCUUUAACACAGAUUUAUAGCUACUUUUAAAACACCGAAGUCCGUGAAUUGAAAAGAGGCAGUCAGUGCUACAAUAAAUCCCAAAGAUUUGUGUCUCCAGAUUGAGGCAGUGACAGCAUGGACUUUCCAGAGUUUAACUGCAUCUGUGAACUCUGUGACUGCGGCCGACACAAACACCACAAGAACUGCCGGAAGAGGAGCACCACAGUGCAGAUAGGCUCUGAGAGCAAGCAGUGCCACCUGACUCACUACCAAUCCACCUUCACCCUCCCACACAGUAAGACAAGACCCACCCUAGAGCUUUAUAGAACGCACCUCGGUAACAUGGCACAGGAGAGAAGGCAGUGAUCCCACCUCCAUCUCUCCAAGACCAGCAACAGCACAGAUGCACGGCUUCGCAGCAGCAAGCGCCCCCUGCGGACCCCCCUGCACUGCAACCCCCCUGCCAUGCAGUUCCACACCACCCAGCGCAGAGAGUUCAUCCCACGCCUGCUCGCAGAGAGGACCCAGCCCGCC